GCGCCACCUUGAGUGCCACUAUAGUACUGUCAUGAGCCAGCACCCCCUUCAUUCAUUCAUCCACCAUCUGCCACCACCUGCAUUCAGACUAUGCUAUGAAUCACUUAUAUAAUAUAUGAGCUCAAACCAUCAGGAACAUGCAAGAUUUACAAUGUUGAAACCACCAACAUCCCCAACAACAGCAAAGUCCAGAUGUUAUUAGAUCAUGCUUCCAUGUCAAUCUGCAGUUUUGCAGACUUGGAACCGGGUCGAAUUCAUGUCGAGGUCUACAAGCUGCGCAAUGCUGCUGGCGAUUUCUAUUGCCGCAGGCUUGGGGACAUUGCAAAUGAACUGGGGGCGGUAGACAAGGCUUUUUUUGCAGACAAGGCCAUCCACCUCUCCCCCUGUGACACCUUAUCAUUCCUCGAGUCAGAUGUCCCCCAGGGUCGAGUUGUUGUUGUGUUCACAAACAAACCCCGAGUUACUGCUGCCGAAAUUGUCGACAUGUGGAUGAACAAUCGAUGCAUGGACCUCGUUCCUCCGGAACUAGAGGACCUGCGUAAACUCCUCGAAGCCCCAUUAUCCGAGGCCGAGAAAAUUCCUAUUCCCGAGCCCGAGUUUCAAUCAUUAGUCUCCAAAGAUGACUCCGACCAGUGCACUGCCGAUGACCUCCGCAGUCUUUUCAGAAUUGGCGGAACUAGCAUAUACUUCUAUCCAGUCUUCUGUGCGGUCACUCGCCGAGUGCCUACGGGCAGCACAAAGCGGGACUUCAUUUCCUUUUGGGACGUUAAUGUCGGUAAACUCCUCAAGUUCAUGAUUCCGCGCGGUAAAAGUUUCCGCGACUUCGAGUGUCGUCCUGAAUAUGCCUUCCUUCUGGAUGGCUCGUGCCUGUUUCAGGGUCAGGAAAAGGGACCAUGCGACCCACAGCAUUCUAGUGCUGAACUGAGGAGUAACUUCGUAUGGACGUGUCCCAGUUUGCCUUAUGUCCUCGGGUAUUAUUGUUACGGGUCCAAAAUCACGCUAACUGCAAUCAUUAAACCACGAACACGAACAGAACAGUUCAGACCGCGACUAUACGACAUAGCCACCGUGGACUUGAAAUUCGGAGGGAAUCGCAUUGCCAAUGUUCGUUACCUAAUAAACCUGUCACCGCUUCUCCAUGUCCUGGCUAGUAUGGAGCCGUCUCCCCUCAACGAUUAUGCAGUGUUGCAAGGACAAGGCACCGUCGACGCGUGACCAGUGGAAUGGCCCACUGGCCGUAUGGACGAACGGU